UUGUUGAAAUCGCCGCCGGAAGUCCAUUCAAGUGUUUCCGGAUCAGUACUGUUGAGUAACUCUAUGCUAUGCCGUACGCAAAUCAGCCGACGGUGAAAAUUACGGAGUUGUCGGACGAGAAUGUGAAAUUUGUGAUAGAGAACACCGACUUGGCGGUGGCGAACUCCAUCCGGCGCGUCUUCAUGUCAGAAGUGGCAACAAUUGCAAUUGACUGGAUUCAGAUCGACGCAAAUUCCUCAGUCCUCCACGAUGAGUUCAUCGCACACAGAGUCGGUCUGGUCCCCUUAACCAGUGAUGACAUCGUGGACAAGAUGCAGUAUUCAAGGGACUGUACGUGUGACGACUUCUGUCCAGAAUGUUCUGUGGAGCUGACGCUGGAUGUCCGCUGCACUGAAGACCAGACGCGCCACGUCACGUCCCGGGACCUCCUGUCCAACAACCCCCGAGUCAUCCCUGUGACCUCCAGGAGUCGGGACAAUGACCCCAACGACUAUGUGGAACAGGACGACAUCCUGCUGGUGAAGCUCCGUAAGGGGCAGGAGCUGCGUCUCCGAGCGUACGCCAAGAAGGGCUUCGGCAAGGAGCACGCCAAGUGGAACCCCACCGCAGGGGUGUCCUUUGAGUACGACCCCGACAACGCCCUCCGACACACCGUCUACCCCCGCCCAGAGGAAUGGCCGAAGAGCGAGUACUCUGAGAUUGAGGAGGACGAGGUACAGGCGCCCUACGACCCCAACGGCAAGCCAGAGAGGUUCUAUUACAACGUGGAGUCGUGCGGCUCGCUGCGGCCAGAGACCAUCGUCAUGUCGGCGCUGGCCGUGCUGAAGAAGAAGCUGAGCGACCUGCAGACCCAGCUCAGCCACGAGAUCCAGAGCGACGUGCUCACCAUCAACUGAGCCGGAGCCCCCCCGACCCUCUCAGAUUCAAAUACUUUACUACGCUUAACUCGGCCUGUCUGGGGUACGAACCCGUGAAAUGCUCUCAAAAUGUAAUAUCUAUAGGAGCUGCCGUUACACUUUUUGAUUUUGUAGAUUCCGAUACCUAUGAAGUGCUCUCAAACCUCGCCUUGGUUGGCUCGGUUGCACCAGGCAAGAUCAGUCGAGCACAGAAAAGUAGUUGAAUCUAAAACAAUUAGGUGUUUGACUGAUCCUGACAACCAGUGAAUCACAGCACUGUCUCGCUUUCGCACCCUCACUGCCCUGAUAGUCCCGAUUGGCUGAGAUGCAGGCCAAUCAGAGACCGUUUGGAUGGUUAAUCCUGUUCACUCAUGUUACCAGCCCGACUAGCUUCUCCUUGAAGCUACCUUAAAGGGGCAGUUCGCCCAAGAAUAAGUUUCCACUUAUUCGUAGUACUAUCUAUCCAUCCAGAUGGUUUCAUGAGUUUUCUAGAUGCAGUUCAUCUUGAUACAACAGACCUUUAUGGGCCCACUGAAAAUGUACAUUUGGAAAAACUCAAUUUCUAUCUCCGAAUAUCAUGCAAUUGAGAACCUUCUACCCAAAAUACGGCAACGGCGUAUUUCUGAGGAAAGUCCUGCAGGCAGAUGAGAAUGAAACUUUUUUAUGUUUGCAGUGUGUGACCAUUUGUUGUAGUUUCAAUAUAGCAACUUGUACAGCUUCAAAAUUCAUAGUUAACAGGUUUAUUAAUUUAACAGUUAAUUUGUUGUCGAACAAAACACUUGUUAUCGAUGGAUGGAUGGAUGGUACUCUGGGUAAGUGGGAACUCUGGGUUUGUUUGUGAACUGCUCCUUUAAUCCAGGAAACAAGCCUGCCAAGCGCAUUUGUGCCCCUAAGCGAUGAUUGGGCACCCCAAAAAUCACACAAAGCUGUACCAUCACGGAUCUUGCCCCCUUUAGUUUUGCGAAAUGAUGACUGCUGUUCAGCCAACGGGAGCUUGGUGGAUGUGUUCUCAUCGUGGGGCUGGAGGCCAGUAGAUGGGUGUUAUUUCUGUUGAACUGUUUGAACAAUUCGAUCUGCUUUCGAAAACCAGGUCUGAUUCUGUAACCCCUGUUUUAUACACAAUAAAGGCGUAUUUGUCCUGUUAA